GGAUCGUGGGAAAGUGGAUCUAGGGGGUUGCCGAGGAUCGUUUUGGGAGGGGAGAAAGCAAGUAUCCCGGGGGCGAGUGAGGGGAGGUGAAAUGGCCAAUUGGGAAAGGAACAGGCAAGCUACGCAGUCCGGAGAGGAAGAGUGUCUCGUGUGUGGGCUUAUGGAAGAGCGGGGUGGACAGCCGGAGAAUUAAGACCUCCGAAGAGGAGGACCGUGUGAAUGGAUGCAUGCAUGAGAGGGGUUGGAAUAUGGAGGAGAGGAACAUGGGAGGAUCGGUUUAAGGACUGCGUCCUUUCUAGCUUCUGCUGGAGUUACCCACAAAAGGUCCGGAAUCAUCUGGACAAAAAGGUAACACUUGUAUGAAAACAUGCCUCCAAAAUUCAAGCGCCACCUCAACGAUGAUGAUGUUACUGGGUCAGUCAAAAGUGAGAGGAGAAACCUCCUAGAGGAAGAUUCAGAUGAAGAAGAGGACUUUUUCUUGAGAGGGCCAUCAGGUCCAAGGUUUGGGCCCAAGAAUGACAAGGUCAGACAGGUUCAAAACCAGGUUGAUGAAGUUAUUGAUGUCAUGCAAGAAAAUAUCACCAAGGUGAUAGAGAGAGGAGAGCGGCUGGAUGACUUGCAGGAUAAGUCAGAAAGCUUGUCAGAUAAUGCAACAGCUUUUAGUAAUCGAUCCAAACAGCUCAGAAGGCAAAUGUGGUGGCGAGGCUGUAAGAUGAAGGCAAUUGUGGCUUUGGUUGUUGCUGUUGUCUUGUUAGUCAUUAUUGUUCCCAUCAUCCUCAAACACCACACUUGACUUGCUAAUGAACAUCCUCGUGGACACCACUUCAGGAUAACAGCAAAGCAAGCAGCUGUGUGAUUUCAGUGGAAUGUAUUAUGUAUAUAGCUUUGAAGUGCAUCCCACCCCCACUCCCAAGGGAGGCACGUGCCCAGUUCUACCAAGAGCAUCCAGAGGACCUGGCGAACAGAUGGCUUUCAGUUGAGAAUUAACUAUACUGUCAACAUCGGAUCCAAAACCUCAUUGUUGCUCUUUUGAAGGCGACCUAUAUGGAAUCAGAUACUUGUCAGUAUUUCAUUUGUUUUUUCAAAGAACAUUUAUAUAUACGUGUAUAUAUAUAUAUAUAUAUUGCAAACUGAUAAUGUUAUUUAUAAUUUAAAUAAUUUCCUACGGCUAUUGGUAAAGUAGUGGAGGAAAGAAUAACGGAGGGAAGAAGUGUAUAGUCUAUAUCACUGUUCUAAAAAAAACAUUAAUUCUUCAACUGAAUACCUGCAAAGAUGACUUUCUUAUGGGAGAAAACAUCUCCAAAAUAUGGGUUUGCAAGCCAACAUUCUGUAUUUAAGGGAUCCUGAAGUUCUGUGUUCUUGGUAUUCUUGCUUAUGAUUGUUCUAUAAAAGCAUUCCAGUAAAAACUAUUUUUGAUUGCAACUACGUAGCUCUUAGUACAUUACUGAAGCAAAGGAACUGCUAAUUCAUUUAAGACAACUUGAGGUUUGCAAACUUUGAACAUAUAGACAAAAAAGAAUGCUCUUAGCUCAUGCAACUGCAACCAAAAUAGUAGUGAUUUCUGCUGCAACGUUAACAUAGGUUCGAGGAGGUUCAUAUGUUGUACAUUCAGCCUGUCUACUUUUUAACAGUGACAGAAAUGCAGCAUUUCUUUUCUAUUUCUGAAACCUACUUUUGGCCUGAGUUUUCAUCUAGGCUGUCAGCAGUAGUGUUGGGACUCCCUGGCAUCUCUCUUUCCUCCAUUACUCCUUAUUGGCUAGGACCUUCCCAAACUUUCUCAUGCAUUGCUAUGUGCAGAGGGAUCAAUACUCUUUGCUUUCUGAGUAAGCAUGAACAUCAGUGCAGAACUACUGGCAUGAAAAAAGAUUACAAGGAACAAGCAUUGGUGCACCAUGAAAGCAUGCCUCAUGCAUUUAAAUUUCCAGAUUCAAGACCUAAAAUAACUUCAAAUGUUUGUUGGCAAGGUAGCAUACUCAUAUGGAGGUGUGAAGGGGUGUGUGUAUAUAUGUAUGUACGUAUGUGCAUUUGAAAUAAUGUGUUUUGUAUGGUUCAUAUGUCAUUCCAUGAUACAAAAGGUUGCCAAAGCAUUGAACAGUGUAUUAAAGUACAAUAAAAAUAAGGUCAAUCACACAAAGCAAGGCAGCAAAAUAAUAUCAGGGAACAAAAUAAAAAUGUCUUCACACAAUACUGAAAAACAUUGCAUCCUCUUCAAGUGAUAAUGUACCUUUUUCUAAAGCACUUGGACAAAUUAUAUUCCAUGAUCUAUAAACCACUAUGGUAAUGCUGGAGCACAAAAUGAUGGUUUGAGUCACAGAAAAAGAUUUCUAUAUAAUGAAUCAUUUUUCUUGUGUAAAUGUCAUGAGUAGUAUACUUCUUUUGCAAUAAUGCUUUGGUGUGAUAUUUACUUGGAAAUCAGUGUGUAGCCCUGAACUACUGGAGAGACUGACCAGCUUUCCCAUGGUUGCAUUGUAUCCCCAUAUCUUUAUCCAUCUGUCUUCAGUUAUAUUCAUUCCAAAACUUUUCCCAAGCUUUUAAAAAGAAACUUCUUUUUAUUUGUUUUUUCCCCCUUCUGGCUGCCUUUCCAACCCCUACUUCCUUCUUUUUAAAACAAUUAGCCAAAGGAAUCAGUGGUUCUUUUUUUCAAAAUCCUUUGCUGUCCUUGGUUUUACUCAUUCCUUUCAACGGAAAUUGAACAAUAUUUUUGCUCUGACAUUGAUUCAAAAAACUUCUUUUAAGACAUCUUCCUUUCCUCUUAAAUUGAUUUCCACUUUGUAAACUUUUCCUGGUCCUUCUUUGUGAACUUUUGGUAAUUUGCUGUUCCUCAUGAUCCUGCAUACUUCUCUCUGAAAAUACUUUCUGGAGGAUCCCCAUUGUUUCUUUUGCAUUGCUACCUUUAUAUUGAUAACAGCUAAAUUUGCUUUCUGUUCCUAUGCCUUCAAUCCAGUCUUCCUAGUUAUUUUCCUCUAUAGUGUCCUCCUGUUGUUUCAUUCUAUGAAUAGCAAAGAAGCUAUUCAUAUUUUUUUCAACAUUUGG